UGCUCAUUUAUGGGAGAGGUGCAAGAGAAAUACUUUGACACUGACAGAUGAGAUUUGAGGGAAAUUUUUAACAGUUUUUGAAAUUGCAGAAACAAGAGUCUUUCUUUCUGGGGUUCAAACGUGUAAUUCUGAUAUCUUCUUGAGGCUGUGGGUUUAUUUAAGGGAGAUUUAGUUGGUUAAGAAAUAGGUUUUGGUAAUUUUGCAUAUUCUGAGUCUCAAUUCUGUAGAAUUUGGAGUUGUUAAGUUGCUUCCAAUUCCAACUGCAUCUAUCGGUCUUGUUUUGGAGUCAGGAGCAAGUGAACUUAUCUUUUGAAUGGGGACUCUUCUUGAAGUACUGGAGAAUCUGCCUUACCCUCGUUGCUUUAAGGUACAUAGCAUAAUGUGCACAGAACUCAUGACAGUGGUUGAUAAAGUAGUAAGCAUAUUUCCAGAAAUAGAGGCAGCUCGACCAAGAUGCUCUUCAGGUUUACAGGCUCUCUGUUCAUUGAAUAAUGCUAUUGAGAGAGCCAAGUUACUUUUGCAGUACUGCAGUGAGUCCAGCAAGCUCUUUCUGGCAGUAACAGGGAAAGCGAUAGUUUCAAAAUGUCAAAGGGCUAGAGAGUUGUUGGAACAAAGUUUAGGCCAAAUUCAACAUAUGGUUCCUGUUAUGUUGGCUGUUGAGAUUUCUCACGUUAUUGAUGAUCUUCAAGGUGCAGUUUUUCUCUUGGACUCGUCUGAGGAAGAGGCUGGGAAGGUUGUACUAGAAUUACUAAAACCUGGUGCUACAGAAUCUGCCCCAAUAGGAAAUGCUGAAGUGAAAGCUAUUAAAAUUGCAGUUUUGAGGCUGGGCAUUGCAUCUCCAAAGGAUAUCUUGGUAGAGAAAAGAUCUAUUAAGAGGCUACUUGAUAAAAUAGGUGAUGGUGACCCAAAAAGGAAGAUCCUAAAAUACCUUUUGUAUCUUUUAGUCAGCCAUGGGAACUUGGUUCUGGAAGAGCAAAGAGAGAAUUCUUGUAAUCAGCAAGAAAGAUCAUCUGUGCUUAAGAACCAUGGUGAUAAUUCUCCAUAUGGUCAAUCUAUUGAAGCAGGAGCACAUGUGGAAUGUGGGCAGUAUGAGGCUCAACCUGACAUAAUAAGUAGAGCCAUACCCCCAGAGGAAUUCAAGUGCCUCUUAUCUUCAAGAUUGAUGUAUGAUCCAGUUGUCAUUGCUUCUGGACAAACAUUUGAGAGGGUUUGGAUCCAGAAAUGGUUUGAUGAGGGCAAUGACCUAUGUCCUAAAACCAAAAUGAAAUUGGCUCACCAAUCUUUUACUCCAAAUGCUCUCAUGAGGGAUAUAAUAUUACAGUGGUGUAUGAAGAGUGGAAUCACCAUUUCUGACCCAAGCGUGCAACCAGUUGGAGUUAACUCUUUGGAAACUUCUUCCACUUCCAUUUCUAGUUUUGGCAGUUCUAUAAAUAAGUUACACAUUCCAGCAAAUGUCAGCAAUAUGUCACUUGGAUCUUUAGAUAACAGUUCUACUUCAGAUGACUCACGUCCCAAGAUCACAGAAGGGUUAUGUUUGAAAUCAGAGCAGAGGCCUGAUGAUUUUUGCAGGUAUCAGCCUUCCACAAAUGUCACUGAGACAGUGCUGGAAUCUAUGUCUAAGCUUGUUGAGCUUCAUUGGGAGUUACAAUGCAAUGUGGUUGAAGAUGUGAAUGAUCGUUUGAAAUAUAAUCCCCAAGCUUUCCAUUCUCUAUCAUCUGAAAAUUUUCUUGAACCUCUCAUCAAGUUUUUGGGAAAUGCCAGUGAUUUACAUGAUACAAGGGCUCAGAGAGCUGGGACUCAGCUGCUACUGGCAUUUGUUAGCAAAAACAGGAAUGGAAUACACCAUCUGGAUGAAGAUGCAUUUACUCUAUUGUCAUCUUUUCUUGAAUCAGAGGUGGCUGAAGAUGCUCUUGAUGUUAUGGAAGUGUUGUCUGAGAACCCCAUCUGUGGAUCUAAGAUUGCUGCAUCCGGUUCUCUUGCUUCCCUUGUGAAGAUUCUUGACUCGCAUGUCCAAAAAUUCCGGGAACAAGCCCUUAAAAUCUUGUGUAAUCUCUCCUCAAUCAGUGAUGUUUGUUCUAAUCUGGUAUCGUUGAAUUGCAUCUCUAGAUUGUUCCCACUCUUACGUGAUAAGACACUAUCAAGAUACUGUAUAAUCAUGUUUAAGAAUCUUUGCAAGAACAAAGAGGCUAGAGCUUCCAUCGCUUCAACUACUGGAUGCAUUGCUUCUCUUGCUGAAAUACUUGAGAUUGGCAGUUGUGAGGACCAAGAGAAUGCAAUGAUUGUUCUCCUUUCCUUUUGCUCGCAAAGUGUUCAAUAUUGUUGUCAGUUAGCCAUGGCUGAGGGUGUUAUCCUAGCCCUUUGCGAUAUAUCUGUCAAUGGAACCUAUAAAGGAAGGGCAAGUGCAUUGGAACUGCUGCGGAUCCUGAGAAAUAUGAACUAUGAUGCUGAACAAGAGUGCUUUGGAUCUGAUCUUGUCACGUCUGAAGAUGCUAGCAACUAUUCCAAAAAGGAGGAGUCGUCUCAUAAGACAUCAGGACUUUUCAAAAUUUUCACAUCAAAGAAGAAGAAAUGAAGCUUAGAUAUUCUGCUAUUAUUGAUUUUUUUUUGUACAAAGAAUUUACCCACUAGAUAGUUUCCCUUUGCCUAGAGCGAUUUUCUUUUCUGGAAUGUGGCAUUAGUAUCAUCAUGUUGUAGCUAGGUGUAGUUAGUAGGUGAACGUUUUGUCUGGCUCACUAAUGUCCAUGAUGUACAUUCUUUCUAGACUUGAUUAUUUAUAUUUCUAGACCUGAUUAUUUAUAUGAUGCAGUAGUUUCUCCUUGUUUGUCAGGGCUCCAUUACUCCUGCAAAGAAUGCCAUUAUCUGAUAUCACCAGCAAGGUUUCAGUCUGUAAAGGUUUGUCCUGUAAUGCAAUCCUAGGAAACAACAGGGUGUCUGUUUUGGUUGUAUGUAAUAUGGUGGUUACUCUUAGCUGUAGCACAUAACACCUCAAAAAAAAUCAACAUAUGUGCUGAUGCCUGUCCUCAUUAGUGAUUCUUUUUCUUCUGUCACUUCGUUCUUUUUCUUAUGUCAUUUCAUUCUAAGGAAAAGAAUUAAGGCGUGGAUUUGUCAGAUUCCUAAUGAACAUUAGUCGUUUAG